UAUAUUUAUAUCGCGUCGCGCGGUCUUUCGGUUUGGUCGUGUUGUCGGUUGUCUGGUGGGUUGUCGCUUGUCAGGUUGCAUGUUAUCAGUUGUAUGUUGCUGCCGCUUGUGUUGCUGUCGUUGAGUGCGUCUCUAGCAAAGCCGCCAAACAUUUAUGCAACACCGCCAAAAUAAAAACAACACCAACCUACCAAGGGACGUACUCUGUUCACAACCUGAGGUCCGUGUGAGAAAACCAUGCCUAUCUGCAAAAGCUCACAGGUAACAGCCAGCAAGAAAACCGCCACGGACAUAUCCGCCGACCACGUGACGGAAGCCGCCCAGGUCCAGAGGACCCGGGAGCAGGCCUACUUCAACUCCUACGACUUUGAUGCAAUCGAAGUGCUGCCCUACGACGAGGAGGACGACGACACGGGUGGCACGAGUCAGGGCCGGAGCAGGAGCCGCAGCCAGAGUAGGAGCCAGAGCCGGAGUGGAAGCAGCAGUAGUCGGAGUAGCAGUGCCAGGAGCUACUCGGCAGCCCACGAUCCGAAUGGAGUUGGCAAAUUCGCGUACCUGCAACGGCUGGGAGCUUUCUUCGCCCGGAAUGGAGGCAAUGGUGGAGCAGGAGGGGCUGGAGCUGCCGGAGAAGGAGUCUCUUCCACCACGGGAGGCAGUGGAGCAGCAGCUGGCCUGAAACCCACCAGUAGUAGUGAAAAUUUCCUGCUACCCCGCGCCAUGCUCAAGUAUCAAAGCACGGCGACAACACUGAGUGCAACAUCUGCUGCACCAACAGCGGCAGUGGCAACAACAGCUCCGAUGCCAUUGAAAAAGAAUGGUAUGGAGCACGAGGUGUCCAGCGGCGGCGGGGAGCGGAGCAAGAAGUGCUCAGUGGCCUCCAAUGUCAGCAGCACACAUACUUCGGACUCGGGACUGCCGACCACUGCCGCAACUGCAACAUCUGCGGCGAAUACAUCGGGAGAAUCUGGGGUGGCAGGAGGAGCCACAGCGUCCGAGGCGCAAGGCGGCGGUGGCUCGCACUAUUCCACGGACAAAAGCGGCUCGUCCGGUUAUUACAGCUCGAACGUCUGCUCCACAUACUCGCUGGACGAGCACAUCUACUGCGAACCGGUCAUCGGCGGCCAGGAGAAGAUCAAGAGUGUGGCCGCCAGGCAACGUUUGCGGCCACCUCUCCAGCUGCCGUCGAUGGCGCUGCGGGAGGUAGCGGCAGCAGAAGCUGUGGCAGUAGCCGCCGCACCACCCCAUGUGGAUGCCACUACGUCGGGGGAAAACUCGUCCCCAGUAAAGAGUCAGCGCUCGGACAUGCAAGAUGCAGCCGGAGCUGCCGCAAGCAGUGAGAGCGAGACGCGGGGCGAGGGGCUGCUGCUGCACCACUACAGCGACAAGCUGCGCAUCCUGGAGACGAGCAUCGAGAACCUGGAUCGCCAUCUAAAGACCUUCCCCUGCCUGUACGCCCGAGAGCACAUCGUGAGCUUCAUGCAGGCUACAUCGCCCCAAGCCCUGGACAUCGGAGAGAAGCUGAAGGCCUAUAACCAGCUGCCCACCAUCCUGGAGCAGCAGCAGCAGCAACUGUCGGACGAUUCCCUGCUGGACAUUGAUCUGGACGCCUUCCUACUGGCCCCAAAUGGGCCGGUGCAGCGCGGCAUCGAUAAUCCCAGCUUUCUGAAUGACGAACAGCUGGCGGAGAACAACUACAAGUGCGCCAAGUACAUAAAUUCCUGUCCAGAAGAUGCCUAUCGUCUGGAGAGCGAAAGGGGAGGAGUGGCCGGAGGUCCAGGAAGGGGUGCUGCAGCUGGAGAUGCUGGCUCCGAGACCUAUGCCAAGCGCUAUGAGGAUCAGUUGCAUUUCCAGAAUACCCGAGAGUUGCUGGAAGACGUUCGUGAUAAGAUACGCCUUCUCUCCCGGGCCACGCCCCAGUCCUCGGCGGCGCCCACGCCCUCCGUGACCCCGCCCCCGGAUGUGCCCAAGGAGCUGGAGGGCAUGAUCCACACCCUGAAGCAGGAGCUGGAGUCCUACCUUCAGCGGAUGAACCAGCACAGUGAGCUGGAGCUCCGGCAACUGAGCAGCGGACUGGGGCGCCAGCAGCACGUGGUGAGGAUGCAGAACGCCCUCGAGCGGAGGCGCAGCUGUGCCGACCUCCAGCUGAACGCCUAUGAAGCAGUGCGCGACGGAGUCCUAAUCUCGGCCAGCGGCAAGCCGCUAAGUGUCCGGGAACAGAUCAUGACCAUACGCUGUGCCAGCGACCCCAACUUCAAGAUGAAGCGCAAGUCGAUUGCCGAGAUCUUCCCGGCCGCCGAGUGCUAUGUGGAGUCGGAGGUGACCACCACCAGUCUGUCGCGCAGCACCACGCCCACACCCGCCUCCACGCCGCAACUAGAACUGGAGGCCCUGCAUCCCAAUCACGGAAUAUCCACUACCACGGUGGUGACGCAGAUGCAGCGGAAUCUUACCUUCCACAAGCCCAUUCUGGCCGGUCAGGGAGCUGGGAAUGUGAACACCACUGGAGCAUGUGCGGGCGCUGGAGGAGGCAAGGGAGGUGAUAGGGACAGCAUCACCGAGUGGCACCGCAAGAAGCCGAGCAUCUGGGAGAUGUACUAUGGAACGAAUCGGUUGCAUCAGUCGCUACUCGGCAAGCAGCGAAGUGGAGGCGAACUGGUCAUCAGCAGUGCCCAGCCGACACUGUCCUAUCCAUCCUCUCGUCCUGAAUCGGACUUCACUCUCGACCUGCCCCGGGCCGAGCAGCUGCGCCUGAAAAUGGAAAAGGAAAAGAAGUUCCGCCAAAGAUGCCGCUUCAUUACCACCUUCCUUAGCCUGGUGUUCUUCCUACUAACCGUAAUGGUGGUCAGUCUGGUCUUGACCCGCGGCAAACGGAUGUUCGGCAGCAUGAUCUGAUAUCGUCCAAAUCCGACUCUGCACCACAGCGCGAUAGCAGAGAGCGCGAAUAUUACAAACUACAGUGCCAACCACAAAUGUAACACUUUAGCGAAGCUCAAGAUUAGAGUUAUUGGUAGUCAUAAGCUCCACCUGGUAUUUUUGUGGCAGGGCAGGACGACACAACCGCAGUCGCAGUAUUGUUAAUAAAUUAUUUAUGUGAUCCUAGUUCGUAAGUCCAAGUGAGUGCAUUUCUUUGUGUGUACGAGUGUACUGCCUGUAUCCAGCCUAGAGUUUGUGUAGAAACCCAUAAUUAAGCCUAUUAAAAUGUAUUAUGUCUAAGUGUAAUGUAUGUUAAAGAAAAAAAAUAAGAGUCUUGUGAAAGUGUCGAAAAUAAACAGAAUAUGAAGUACAUUUAA